AUGCCUCAUUCCCUUAGGAUGCCACAACAGUCCGUUGAGGUGUCGGAAGACUCCAUCGUCCGCGCUGCUCCCGCUCCGAGGCUGUUUGCCAGGCGCCAGGAGCCUGUCUCUCAUCUCCUCCGCCUGCCUCCAGAGCUUCGCAUCCCAAUCUACCACUAUGCUCUAGUCGCCGAACCGACUCCUCGUAUGCGAGCUCAUGGGGUCACACAACCACCCUUCAACAGUCUUGCUCAGCCGCCAUUGGCCUUUGUCAACAGGAAGCUACGUGAGGAAUGUCUCCCGGUCUUCUAUGCGAAUAACAACUUCUCCAUCGCUGUGGGGAGAGGGCCCGUACUAUGUGAUGCUGGAAUUCCUGAAGGCAGAGUCGCCCGGGUGCUCGAGUCAUUCUACCUUUACUGGAAUGGCUUCCCGCGAGAGAGCAACCCGCGGUCCAUCAGGAACAUCCAACUGUGUUGGGGGCCAAGCCCAUUCAUUACCAGCAUUAGCCAUCGUCUCGCCGAGUUGGUUGUCUCUUUCGGACGUCCAAUCAAGUCUAAACACGCCACGAGACUGCAGCUCGUCCGUUGGAGCAAAUGCGGCGUGGAAGAAGCUGUGUAUGCAGCAGUGCGGCAGUCGUUGCGAUCUUGGCCAGCGGCAAGGAGAUACAACCUCAUGCUCGGCGGCUCCGGCCUCCGACAGAUCAUGAACAUAGUAUGGCUCUGCGGAAACAAUUGCCCAAAGGCUCGCUGUCGCAUCGAGCUGUGCACCUCAGUUGAGGAUAUAACAAGACCGGCAGCCCGAGCAGUUAUUGGAAUACUCACAGGGUCGGGGAAUGUCGUCUUCAUGUAG